AUGGCGAACCGACUCCACUACACAACGCCUGCUACAGAAUGGUCUCAAAGUCUCCCCAUCGGCAACGGUCGACUGGGAGCUAUGGUCUACGGUCGUACCACGACCGAAUUGCUGCAGUUGAACGAAGACUCGGUGUGGUACGGUGGUCCACAAGACAGGAUACCUCGCGAUGCUCUCAAGAAUCUGCCACGGCUCCGCGAGCUGAUCCGCGCGGAGCAACAUAGCGAGGCGGAAGACUUGGUGCGCAAAGCCUUCUUCGCUACGCCACAUAGCAAACGGCAUUACGAGCCUCUGGGUACAUUCACGCUCGAGUUUGGACAUGAGGAUAGUGAGGUAACGGAUUACAAGCGAGAGCUUGAUCUUGAGACUGCCAUCGCGAGUGUUCAGUACCGCUACCGUGGUGUUGAUUACAAGAGAAAGGUCUUUGCCAGCGGGCCGGACAAUGUCAUAGUCCUGCAGCUCAAGUCUUCGGAGCGCGUUAGGGCCACCCUUCGAUUGACCCGCGUAAGCGAGCGAGAGUAUGAAACAAACGAAUAUCUAGACUCCGUCACUGCGUCCAACGAUGGAUCUAUCGUCAUGCGUGCGACUCCUGGGGGGAGAGGGAGUAACCCGCUAUGCUGUGUGGUGAAAGUCAAGUGCGAAGAUGGCGGGACGCUCGAAGCGGUUGGAGGAUGCCUGGUAAUCGAGUCCAAAGCGACAAUGAUUGUCAUCUCCGCCCAGACCAAGUUCCGAAGUCCAGACCCCGAGUCUGCGGCAUUGGAAGAUGCAACGCGGGCUUUGACUCGGGGUGGUCUGCGAGGACGGCAUGUCGAGAACUACAGGUCGCUGUAUGCGCGGAUGAAGCUUCAACUGGGCUCACCUGCAUCGGAGCUGUCAACAGACAAGCGACUUUUAAGGUCUGUUGACCCUGGUCUUGUUGCGCUCUACCACAACUAUGGCCGCUAUCUCCUCGUGGCCUCCAGUCGCCCAGGUCCUAGAGCACUUCCCGCCACGUUGCAAGGGAUCUGGAAUCCCUCCUUCCAGCCGGCAUGGGGGAGCAGAUACACCAUCAACAUCAACACGCAGAUGAACUAUUGGCCGGCAAAUCUGUGCAACCUUGCCGAGUGCGAGAUGCCACUCUUCGACUUGCUUGAGAGGAUGGCGAUUCGGGGGAAGCAGACGGCCCAGGAGAUGUACGGGUGCAGAGGCUGGUGUGCGCACCACAACACGGAUAUCUGGGCAGAUACGGAUCCGCAGGACCGAUGGGUGCCUGCCACUGUGUGGCCCCUUGCUGGUGCUUGGUUGUGUUUCCACAUCUGGGAAAACUAUUUGUUCAACGGUAGCACAACGCUCCUCGAGAGGAUGUUCCCAAUCCUUAAGGGGUCUGUGCAAUUCAUCCUGGAUUUCCUAGUGGAAGAUGCAACAUCGGGUCAAUACCUCGUAACCAACCCGUCCCUCUCGCCAGAGAAUACCUUUCUGAGCGCAAACAACCGCGAAGGGGUACUCUGCGAAGGGUCCACCAUCGACAUCCAGAUCAUCAACGCCCUGUUCGGCGCAUUCAUCGACGCGCUGGGAGAGCUGGACCGCACCGACGACCUGCUUCCCGCAGUCAUACACGCCCGAGAUCGCCUCCCGCCCAUGGCCGUCGGAUCGCUGGGCCAGCUCCAGGAGUGGCAGAAAGACUACGGCGAACACGAGCCCGGCCAUCGACACACGUCGCACCUCUGGGCGCUAUACCCAGGCAGUGCUAUCAGUCCUAACACGACGCCUGGUCUUGCGGCAGCGAGUGCGGUGGUGCUCAAGCGCCGAGCGGAGCACGGAGGCGGACACACAGGUUGGAGUCGAGCCUGGCUCAUCAAUCUCCACGCACGUCUCGGCGACGCCGAGGGAUCUUGGGAUCAUGUCAAACGAUUGCUAGGAGACUCGACGCUGCCCAAUAUGCUGGAUAGCCACCCGCCGUUUCAGAUUGAUGGGAACUUUGGCGGGUGUGCCGGCAUUGUCGAGAUGUUGAUCCAAUCCCACGAUGGCUUCAUUCACUUGCUCCCUGCGUGCCCUAAGGAAUGGAAGUCCGGGCUGUUAAAGGGAGUCAGAGCACGAGGAGGAUUCGAACUCGAUUUCGCAUGGGACGACGGGGUUGUGAAGGAGCCUGUUAUGGUCAGGUCGCUGCUCGGUAAAGAUGGGCUGCUCCAAUUCCCUGCUGGGCAACGGGUGAGGUUUACAGGGGCGGGACUACACUCUAUUUAUUCUAAAUAA